AUGUCGACCAUCAUGGCAUUAUUUGGCUUAGAGGCAAGAGAUGCAGCGUCAGAUGCCCAUAAGACUGUGGUGGAAUUAUGGACGCUAUAUUCAAUUGGAGUUGCCGUGACAAUUCUUAGAACAUACGCUCGGUCGAGAAAUGGAGGGUGGAGGAAUUUACGACUCGACGAUUACCUCGUAUGGGUUGCAAUUAUAAUCUACACCGCACAGGCGUCGCUUGCAUAUAGCGUGGGCAACGUGUCUAAUGGCCUUGCCAACAACGGCAUGACAACCGCCCAGCGAGCGGCACUACUACCCGACAAUCCAGAGUACCGGGCCAGAGUGAUUGGCUCCAAGAUUCAAAUUGCAGGCUGGACUACUUAUGCGGCAUUGAUUAAUGUACUCAAAUUGUCCGUGCUGGCAUUCUACGUGCGACUAAUGGAUGGCCUUGGCCGGCGUUAUCGAAUUCCCAUCUAUGUUGGGUUUGGCAUUGUCAUUGGGAGCUUUAUCGCAAGUGUCAUCACAAUCUUUGCAGCAUGCCGACCAUUCAGCAAAAACUGGCAGAUCAAUCCAGACCCCGGCAAUGUGUGCGAACCAGCCAUUUCCAAGCCGGUCAUCGCAGUGACAUUCGCCGCAAACCUCAUUACCGAUCCAUACCUCAUAUUCAUCCCAAUUCCCAUGCUUUGGAAAUCAAGUUUGAAGCCUUUGAAAAAGAUCGCGGCCACUGUUGUACUCAGUGCCGGUGUCUUUAUUCUUGUCUGUGCCACUAUUAAGAGUGUUUUCCUCCUAGUGGAGCCUGAAAACGGUGCAGCACUUGCCGAUGAAUGGGGCAUGCGCGAAACAUUCGUCGCAGUCGUCACGACCAAUCUUCCCAUGAUCUUCCACCUAUUCAGAAUCUGGCUCAGCAAACUUCUCGGCAGCCAGUUUCAGUUUUCUACUAAGACGCACAAAACGCCCUCAAAUGGUUUCCGGAGCAUUGGUGGUGGGGGCGACUAUGCCAGUCGAAAGGGUCAUGGGCCUGCGAGUACGGAUCCUAUGACCAUCGGCAUGUCAUUUACCGAGAGUGAGGAACGGAUGAUGGAAGAUGUUAAAAUGCAGAACAUCAAGACAUAUCCGGCAGAUGUGUCUGGCAAAGCGUCCUCGGGUGCUAUCAUGGUCUCCAAUCAGAUUGAUAUCACCCAUGAGACUCGAUCCAAUCCACACAGUGAACCGCCUGUGAAAAAUUCUCCCCCAAAAUGGUAA